GUUUUGCGGUCUGUUGUUGUGGUUGCGGUUGCACGCAAACAACAAGCCAACGAACAUAACAAGGAUACCGGGCAUAUCCAGCAACCGGCAGCAACAACAACUACCAGUGGACAGCAUCCUGCGUCCUUUGGUUGGCUUAAACCGAAGCCGCACUUCGGCUCGCUCUGUCGGCCGUCGGCUGUCGGCUCGUCCUCCGCCUGUUAUCACUCGGCCAACGCGGCGUAUACGUAACAGCACUUCCCAUUCGUUAGAUUUUCCCUUAUUGUUGUUGGCGGAAAAGCCAGAGCCCGGCUCUGUGCGAGCAUUGAGUUUCGUCGGCAAAUCAGUUUCGCUACGGAUUCUGCACGAAGCGGACGCGUUUUAUCGGUGUUACCCCAAAAACUUACGAGUAUGUGUGAAAGAUCCCCGGCUAAUAGAAAGUCGUACUCAAGUGUCAUGUGAUCGGUGAAAAAUUAGAAGCGCCUGACUCAACGUGAUCGUGUUCGUGCUCAGAAAUGACAUAAAAAAUCGAGCCUUUUGCUCAUAAAAUGUAAAAAAUACCGUCACUUUCACAUUGUAGGUGUGCUGAAACCCAUUUCAAAGCACAUAUGAACCCGAGCUUAAUAAAAUGAUUCCACCACAAUGGCGUUGCUUACAAACAGUACGUAUUAAGUAAAUGCCUGAAGGAAAUAAUCCUGUGAAAAAAUCUAAAAUUUGGUAAUUGCCACGAGCCAAAAACUGCGAUAACAAAACCGUGUGAAAAACUCCGAACAAAAGCGAAAACACAAACAAACCCCGCGGCGUUUUGAAAACCAGUCCGCGGCAGUGAGGUGGUAAAAACUGAGCCAGUAGAUCCGAGAGGAUGCACUUUGGCCAGGAGGCGAGGCCAUCAUUGGGGCUCCUGGCUGUGGCUGAGUCGACCGCAACGGCAAGUUGAUGUUGCCCCCGUCCUGGCAUCUAAUUGGGGCCCUCCUAGUGCUCGCGGCCACAGCGGGGGACUCCACCAACAAGAUCAUCUUGCCGCAGAUUCUAAACGGUGGCGGCAUCGGCGGGGCCAUCGCUACUGCCCAGGGCAAACAUCCGUCUGGAUCCAAGACGUUGGCGGCGGGAGUGGUACCAAACUUUGGAGGAGCAGCUGGCAAUGGAGCGGGCGGAGGAGGAGGACCAGUGGCUGGCAGCGGAACUGGAAGCACGGUGGUCGGGAGCAAUGGCGUGAUUGUGGCCGGAGGCGGGGCCAAUGUGCCGACCUCGAAUUUAAACAUUGUCGUCGAAGAACCCGAAUUUACUGAAUACAUCGAAAACGUAACUGUACCUGCUGGACGUAAUGUUAAACUCGGUUGCUCCGUCAAAAAUCUGGGCUCAUAUAAGGUCGCCUGGAUGCACUUCGAGCAGUCCGCCAUCCUGACCGUUCACAAUCACGUGAUCACGCGCAAUCCGCGCAUCAGUGUCACGCACGACAAGCACGACAGGCACCGCACGUGGUAUUUGCACAUAAACAACGUGCACGAGGAGGACCGGGGUCGAUAUAUGUGCCAGAUCAAUACGGUGACGGCCAAAACGCAGUUUGGCUACCUGAACGUUGUGGUUCCCCCCAACAUCGACGACUCUCUGAGCUCCAGCGAUGUGAUUGUGCGGGAGGGCGCGAACAUUUCGCUAAGGUGCCGGGCCAGUGGCAGUCCCAGACCCAUUAUCAAAUGGAAGCGCGACGAUAACUCCCGAAUAGCCAUCAAUAAGAAUCACAUAGUGAACGAAUGGGAGGGCGACACCCUCGAGAUAACUCGCAUUUCGCGACUGGACAUGGGCGCCUAUCUGUGCAUCGCCUCCAAUGGGGUUCCUCCCACGGUUUCCAAGCGCAUCAAAGUCAGCGUGGACUUUCCCCCAAUGCUGCUUAUACCCCAUCAGUUGGUUGGUGCUCCAGAAGGUUUCAACGUCACCAUCGAAUGUUUCACUGAGGCGCAUCCCACAUCUCUGAACUAUUGGACACGUGGCGAGGGACCAAUCAUUCACGAUUCGCACAAGUACAAAGUGGAGGCCACAGUCGGAUUGCCAGCUUAUAAAACCCAUAUGAAGUUGACCAUCAUCAAUGUGAGCAGUGGCGAUGAUGGCAUUUACAAAUGUGUGGCCAAGAAUCCGAGGGGGGAAACGGAUGGCAUUAUACGAUUGUACGUUUCAUAUCCCCCGACCACCGCCUCAUCGGGCAUUUACUCCACGGAUUCGCAUUGGUCGGAAAAUGGGAUCAACAAUAACUAUGCAUAUGGUGGCCCCGACUCCACACGAUCGAUUUAUGCGCAGGACAAAAAUAAGACGCAGAAUCCGUUGUUGGCCAAUGGCAACGCCAACGAGGCGGAUGCGGAAUCCAACGGGGUCACCACUCGGGGUCACAACCCUUCGAUGGCCAUUGCGUGGCUGUUCGUCGUCGUCGCGACGUUGUUGUUAACAAUCCGAUCUGCGGUUGGUUCUAGCCUUAGUCUAAGUCUAUGUUAGUUAAUGCAAAUCUAGCUUAUAGUUACCACAUUCAACUAUGUAUGGGAGUAGAUGUAAGGCUUUACGUAACACGUAACACGUAACGUUCGCGAAUAACAUUUACGUACGUUCGUACCAAAGAUGUAUGUAUAAUCAACUAGACCCUAGUAUAAGAGACCCUAAAUACAAUCCGCCCUUUCCCCAUAUACGUCACAAGGUAUACAUAUAUAUAUCUAUAUAUAUGAGAGACCAGGUCCGACUGAGCUCGUUAAGCAUAUGUAUAGCCAUCAGCCACCAGCCAUCAAUCACAAGCCCUUUCUCUGGGGUCUAUGUACACUCAUAUUCAUCUAUUUCUAGAAGGUAAGAUGAACCAACCAAAGGGUAAAUGCAAUUUCAUUUUGCUUUCAAUGCUGUGCUUCAAACUGAGAAAGUUUCAUAGUUAUCAUAUAUAAUCUACCACGGUCUAUACUUAAAGCGAUGCAUACACAUCUAUAUAUUCGUGCGUUAAACGCUGCUGACUCACACUUGCAUAUAAGAUUACAUACACCUAAUUAUAUUAUUAUGCAUAUGCCUUAAGGAUUGCAAGCUGAGAAAUGCAAAUUAGGCUAAGAAAAAUAAGCCAUCACACAUAUCGAUCAUGGAAAUUGUUUAAUUAGGCCAAAAAUACCAAAACACGUAUACAGUUUUGUAGACAUAGGCAAGUUUCACUAUAAACUAUAAUUUGUAAAAUUACAUCAAAAUUGAGUAAAAUAGAAUACAACCUACACUUAACAAGUGGUGUAAUCUCUGUAUGUCACAAUAUAAUUAUAACAUUCGAUUUAUCAUUCAUUUAUAUAAUUAAACAAACCUCGUUUUGGUCCACAAGUAUUUACACCCAGGAUCAUCGGAUAAUAUCUUCAUCGAUUGUUGCAAUAGACUAAUAACAGAAUUAUAAAUGUACUAAUGUAAAGACAAAACGAAAUGUUAAACAUUUAAGCUAAAAUAAAAUAAAUUUAAAUUGUGUUGCUUUAAAGACAAAUUAAGGUAGAAGCAAGGAAGCAUGUUGAAUGUUGAGAAAUAUAAUUGAAUUGAACGCAGAGCUAUGGACACAAUGGAAAAAGAAUAUACAAAUAUAUUACAUUAUAUACCAAUAUAGACUACGUAUAUACAAAGAAAAACACACACAUACACGAACUACAUUAUGUAACAUGUAUUUAAGCAUAACAUAUAAAAUGAGUUGUAACUGAGGCAUUAAAUUAAAUAAAAAUCCCAAAAAGACAAAUAAAGCUACUGCAUGGCAUUCAGGGGGCAGUCACGGAAAUUAUUAAAAGUAAUGAAAGUGAGCAAAUUGAAAUAAAAACGAAAUGCAUUUCGUUUGGCAACGAACAAGAAUGAUGUGUUAAAUGCUUAAUUAGCAACCAAAUU